AUGGCUAGUAAAAGGUCGCACGUCUUCCGGGUGACCGGCCUGUCGAGGGAACUACUCGAUGAGGACCUCAAGACCGCAUUACACGAGGCGCUCAACGACAACUUCGCGGACGACGAGAGAUCGCAUAUCAAAGCUGAGAUCACGAUCGUGCCUUCAUGCUAUGAAAGUGACACAGAGAGGGCGGCUCUGGUGCAGUUCCGCGGUGGGGUGCCUCAGUUCCUCCGUGAGCUAAGAGUUGACCCGCUUGGAGACUGGCAGGUUGAGAUGGGAGACGAUGAUAUCAACUUUGACUGCCACUUCUUUGGAUUUACCCAGCUCUACGCGCCAGACGAGAAUGAGCCUGUGGUUGCCGAUAUUAUUGCCAUUGCCGGACUGGAUGGACAUGCUUACGGAUCAUGGCAAGGAAGAAGAAAUCUUGGUCGGAUGUGGCUCCGGGACUUCUUGUCGAAGGAUCUUCCGCAGUGUCGCACCAUGAUCUACGGAUACAACUCCAAGCUGUCGAGCCACGGAGUCGAUACGAUCCUCGAUUACGGGCGGGAGCUGAUGGAGGAGAUCAAGAAAAUUCGGAACACAAAGGAGCUCCAGCAGAGACCUUUGAUAUUCAUCGCACACAGCUUUGGGGGUCUUAUCUUGGCUCACUGCCUAGUAAAGGCCAUCCAGACCAUGGAAGAAGACCACCUGGCGAUCAGAUCGCUGCAUCGAGCCACGUACGGCAUGAUCCUCUUUGCCAUCCCACAUAAAGGAUUGGUGAUGGACGAUAUCCAGCAGAUGCUAGCCGGGGAUCACAGCCAUCCGCGAGGGCAGUUGCUGCAGCAGAUUUCUAGUAAAUCCGACUUACUGAUCCACCAGCUAGCGGAUUUCAAGAACUUGAUUAGAGAUCGAAGAGUGGUUAGUUUCUAUGAGACAGAGCAGACGAGGCGGUUGGUCUUGGACUCGGAAAGCGGACGUUGGAAACGCACUGGAGAUUUUAUGACGACGGUUGGCGCAGACUCGGCUCUCCUGCAGCUCCCCGAUCAUGUAGAGGACAAGGUGCCGCUGCACGCAGACCACUCAAUGGUGGUCAAAUUCGACACGCGCAACGCGGCCGGAUAUCGAACGGCGCUCGAUAAGCUACGGCAGUUCUCAAAAGAGGCGCCAUCGGUGGUGGCAGCUCGGUUCACGCAGACGCCUCAAACGCCCCAACCGCGCUCCACAGUACCUUUUAAGAAAGACCCGAUGUUUGUGGGCCGUGAGGCUGUCAUCAGCGCCAUCAAGGAAAGACACAAGGCGAUCGGUCAGCGACAUGAGCGGGUGGCGUUGGUGGGCUUGGCCGGCGUUGGAAAAACCCAGACAGCCAUCGAGUAUUCCUAUCUUGUGCGAGAAUCCACACCGGACAUGUGGGUGUUUUGGAUCCACGCCAGCAAUGCGGCGCGGCUGGAACAAGGCUAUCAGCAGAUUGCCGCAGUUGCGGAGAUUCCGGGACGGGACGACCCGAAGAUGAACAUCCUCCAGCUCGUGUAUCAGUGGUUGUGUGAUGCACGCAAUGGGCGCUGGCUGAUAGUGUUGGAUAAUGCGGAUGACGAUGGUAUCUUUUUCCGUGACAAUAUAUCCGAUGAACGAGGGCCACUGGGGAGGUUCCUGCCCCAGGCCGCCCACGGGUCGGUCUUGAUCACAUCGCGAAAUGGGCUUGCGGCACGGAAUCUGGUGGGGAACGACGGUCAUGUGAUCAAGAUUCAGCCAAUGAAUGAGGCAGAAUCUCUCGCCUUGUUACGGGCAAGGAUUCCGGCACCCCAGCCUGAAGAGUCUGGAGAGGACCAGAAGGCACUAGUGCAAGCACUAGAAUACAUUCCGUUAGCCAUCACCCAGGCGGGGUCUUAUAUUGCGAAUCGAUCAUCUCGGGUCACGGUCUCCCGGUACCUUCAGUUGUUCCGUGAGAGCGAGUCGAACCAGACACAUCUUCUUCAGCAUGAGGACGCCAAAGACCUCCGGCGGGACCCUAGUAUUCGGUAUGCGGUCAUUACGACAUGGCAGCUAUCCUUCGAGCAAAUCCGCCACGAGCGGCCAGCGGCGACGGACCUACUUGCGUUAAUGAGCAUGUUUGAUCGACAGGGGAUCCUAGAAGGCCUUGUCCGUGCGGAUGGUGAUGGGCUCCAAUUUGAAGAUGCAGUGGCACCGCUGAUCAGUUAUUCUCUUAUUCGGGUUGAACUUGAAACGGGGUCAUUUGAUAUGCACCGACUUGUACAGUUAUCGGUCCGGACGUGGCUAGCGAUCCACCUCGAGCUGGCACAGUGGCAAGAAAAGUCGCGAGCCAUCAUGGCCGAGAUGUUUCCCUAUGGGGAGUACGAGAGCUGGAAUGAAUGUCAGAGGCUGCUUCCGCAUGCGAAAGAGGUAAUGAGGUCGAUAUCUGAUGGGCAUGAAGAAGAUCGACUGCAUAUGGCUACGAUUUCCAUCAACUGCGGAUGGUAUUUAUUGCUUCGAGGGACAUAUGAAGAGGCGGAAAAAAUGCAUCGACGGGCGUUGGAAGCACGAGAGAAGGUGCUUGGACGCGAGCAUCCCUCCACGCUCACCAGUGUCAAUAACCUUGGCUCAGUGCUUGACGGGCAAGGGAAAUAUGAAGAGGCGGAAGCGAUGCAUCGACGGGCGUUGGAAGGAUAUGAAGAGGUGCUUGGACACGAGCAUCCUGACACGCUCACCAGUGUCA